AACUCGAUCUUGAAAAACCUUUUCCCCCAAAUCACAUCCAUGGCUUCAGUACCAGCAACUCUGAAUCUAUAUGGCGUUUUAUCCGAAUCGAAAAGAAUCGUAAACGCCCACUCUCGUCACUUCCUCGCUCUAUCAGUCCUCUUUCUUCUUCCUCUCGCUUUCUCUCUAAUCGUUUACCCUACUCUCGAAGAUGCCCUAAUUUCAACCUCCCGUCAAAAACCCACACAGACCCUCCUCCGAUCCUCUAACUCCUACGACCUCGAUUUUCAAACCCUAAUACUACCUCUAAUCUACACCAUCUUUGUUUACAUCUUCUCCCUAUUCGCCGUUGGAUCCGUUUCUAACAGCAUCCACCAUGGAUUCUAUGGAAGACCCGUGAAGCUCGCGUCAGCUGUGAAAUCGCUAGCUUACUCCUUCAUUCCACUCGUCGUGACAUCAAUCGCAUCCGGAAUCGCAAUUCUUCUGGUUUGUGUUUGUUUUGGUGUUUUCGUUAUGAUAGUAAUACAAGGAAUUCAAUUUCUAGGGUUUGAAAUUGAUUACAAUUCUAGUUAUUCAUAUGGGUUCUUUAUCAUAAUUUCUGUGUUCAUUACAUUAUUACUUAUCAAUCUGUCCGUGAAUUGGUCACUAGCGCCUGUAAUUGUGGUAAUUGAAUCAAAAUGGGGGUUUGAACCAUUGAGGAGAAGUGCUUACUUGAUUAAAGGAAUGAAACUGGUUUCACUUUCUCUGAUGCUUAUGUUCAAUUUGAUAAUUGGGUUUUUUAUUUGGGGCGGUUCCUCGAGUUCUUCCUCAAUUGCUUUCGAUGAUGGAUGGGAUUGCGCCCAGUUUAUCUUACACACGGUUUUGAGUUCAACUUUUGUGACCAUGUUCAUGCUCAAUAGCUUGGUUUCAACUGCUGUAUUGUAUAUGUAUUGUAAGGCUCUCCAUGGAGAAUUGGCUUGGGAGAUUGCUGAAGAGUUUUCGACAGAAUAUGUUUGUUUGCCUUUCGAUGAUGCUAAGGUUCCUCAUGUUGUCUAUGUUUCUGAACCUUGAUGAUGAUGAUCAUCAUCAUUUGGUACCAGGUUAGUGAACUCUGUUUUUUAAUGUACUGUUAUAUGAAGAAGAACUUGUGAUUGAUUGUUAA